AUCAACUCUAUUCUUCUCGCCUGGACACUGUGGGUGCUGAAGCAGAAGAUCUGCAGUGUCAGCACAGAAGUCUCAAAGCUCAAGGACACCAGGUUGCUGACCUUCAAGGCCAUUGCCCAGAUCUUCAUCUUGGGCUGCUCCUGGGUGCUGGGCAUUUUCCAGAUUGGCUCCAUAGCAAGCAUCAUGGCGUACCUGUUCACAAUUAUCAACAGCCUGCAGGGGGCCUUCAUCUUCCUCAUUCACUGUCUGCUGAACCGCCAGGUUGGCUUGGCCAAUCAGCAGCGGGGGUUGCGGGAGAGGGGCGGGGGGAAAAAGAGGGAGGCGCGGCAGGAGCCCCAAUCAGAUCGAAAGCAUCCCUAG